AUGAUCGAUGAGAUAGAGAGCAAGACGAAAGUUGUCCCAGUAUUAGGAUUAGUAUGGGAUUUAGAAAAAGAUAGUUUGAGUUGCAAGAUCGAAGAAACAUUUAACUUGAGGGAACCUAUUACCAAAAGAAAAGUUUUGUCAAUUACCCAGAAAAUUUUUGAUCCCAUUGGCUUUACUGCACCGAUAACUGUAAUUCCUAAGCUAAUUUUGCAAGAAACAUGGAACCAGAAGAUUAAGUGGGAUGAAGAUCUUCCUCUUCCCCUAAGUGCCAGGCUUGCCAAAACAAUUCUAUCAGAUUUGAAACUUAAGAAUUGUAGAACAGUGUUCUGGAGUGAUUCUUCUACAGCUUUGGGGUGGAUAAGAAGGGAUCAAGCAUGGGGUACGUUUGUUCACAAUCGAGUACAAGAAAUAAGAUCGCUUACCAGAAUAUCUGACUGGAGGCAUGUACCUGGAAGUUUAAACCCAGCGGAUCUCCCAUCGAGAGGAUGUACUAUUGAGCAAUUACAGAAAUCGGCAUGGUGGGAGGGCCCAUCGUGGCUUUACUUACCAGAAGACGAGUGGCCCCAUGUAGAAGAAAAGCCUGAUGAAGAACUUAUAAACAAGGAAAAAAGGAAAACGAUUCUGACUCUUCUAGAUCAUGGAGACAAUUUGGACCGGUACUACAAAUACUUCUCUUCAUAUAGAAAAACCGUGAGAAUGAUCGCUUGGAUUUUCAGGUUUUAUCACAAUUUAAAGAACAAAGAUAAAAACCUCACUCCUGAUGUCUCAGUUGAUGAAUUGGAGAAUGCUGAAAAGGCACUUUGUAGAUUGGUACAGAAAGAAUCAUUUACAGGCAUAAACGAUCCCGCUAUUCGUGCGCUGAGACCAAUCGUAGACCAAAAUGGAAUUUUAAGAGCCAAAACGAACGUCCUACAGCGUCAAGAUAAUGAAAAUUUCCGAUAUCCUAUCAUUUUACCUUCAAAACAUAUUCUUGUUGAGAGACUAAUUUACGAGAAACAUCUAGAACUCCAGCAUGCUGGUGUCAGCACUUUAAUGAUGACAAAUCUUAGAGAAAACUUUUGGAUAUUAAAAUCCAGAAAAAGUAUUCGAAAUAUUAUCAGAAAAUGUGUAAGAUGUAAAAGAUUUGUUUCACAAAGAGUGGAAGUCGAGCCAGGAUUUCCACCCGAAGAUCGAGUCAGAGAAGGGGCGACUUUUGAAGUCGUCGGUGUAGAUCUAGCGGGUCCUCUCUAUCUCCGUGAGGGGUCUAAAGCGUGGAUAGUCUUGUAUACAUGUGCCAUUUAUAGAGCCAUUCACCUCGAACUAGUUACUUCUCUAUCUACAGAAACUUUCAUCCAAUCUUUACGUAGAUUCAUUGCCAGAAGAGGUAGACCUUAUGUGAUAUAUUCCGACAACGGAACUAAUUUUGUAGGGACUAACAGUGUUCUUAAGAAAGUUAAUUGGAACGCCAUAUGUUCAGCUGCUUCUAUCCAAAGGAUACGAUGGAAGUUCAACCCUCCGACCGCCGCCUGGUGGGGAGGUUGGUGGGAGAGGCUUGUGCGAAUGGUGAAAGAAAAUUUAAGAAGAGUGUUAGGUCGAACGUCCUUAAAUUAUGAAGAAUUAUAUACUAUAUUAUGUGACUGUGAACAAGUGAUUAAUUCGCGACCUAUCACAUACGUAUCAGAGGAUAAUCAAGAUCCAUCACCACUGACCCCUAUGAUGUUUCCUGCAAGAAUUGCCGUCAUCAGGAGUUCCUGA